AUGGUUUUUCUCAUCGCAUAUGCUUUAUUUGAAGUACCAUCCAACUAUUUCCUGAAAAAGCUUCGACCUAGUGUACGUCAGCGCUGGAUCGCCUUCCUCAUGCUCUCCUGGGGGGCAACGACGAUGGGACUGGGGGGUGCGCACAACUACGCUCAAGUUACAGGAUUAAGAUUCUUGCUUGGUGUAAUGGAAGCUGGCCUUUUCCCGGGCUUCGUAUACUACCUCACGUUUUGGUACCGCAACUCCGAAAGAUCCAUGCGUGUAGCCCUGAUUCUCGCAUCAGCAACCCUAGCCGGCGCUUUUGGCGGUGCUAUUGCUUUUGGUGUUGGUCACAUGAAUGGCGCUCAUGGUCUUUCUGCGUGGAGAUGGCUAUUCAUCAUCGAAGGCGCGCCCUCGUGCGCAUCCGCUGUUCUGGUCUGGUUUCUUUUGCCAGAUUAUCCAGAGACGGCGAAAUGGCUUACUGUCAAGGAAAAAGAAUUGGCGGCUCAGAGACUGGUUUUAGAGGGCUCUAAGGGUUCUGCGCAUGCUAUGUCUUGGGAGGAUGCGAAGGGUACGCUGACGGAUUGGAGAUUGUAUGCUCAUUAUGCGGUGUAUUUCGGCAUCUCUACACCAUUUUCAAGUCUGUCAUUGUUCACGCCAGCUAUUACCUCCGGUCUGGGAUAUUCUGAUCUUCGUGCUCAGCUAAUGACUGUGCCUCCAUAUGCGGUGGCCUAUGUCGUAACGGUGGGUGUGUCAUGGUCUGCAGACCAUUUUAAUAGCCGUGGUCUCCAUUCCGCCAUCUUCUCUUUUAUCGGUGCAAUGGGCUUCCUGGCAUCUGCUGUGCUCCCUGCCAGUGCAUAUCUAAGUCGCUAUGGGUGUCUCAUUGUUGCAGCCAGUGGCGCUUUUGCAUGUAUACCCCCACUACUAGGUUGGCUUUCCUCCAAUAUUCGUUCAACGGCAGGUGCAGGUCUUGCAAUCGCACUCAACGUGUCGUUUGGUGCACCUGGCCAGAUUGUUGGUGUAUGGAUCUACAAAAGUGACGAGGCAAAGAUUGGAUAUCCCACAGGCCAUUGGACAAAUGCGGCGCUGCUGUUUUUUGUCACAGCUGGUUGCAUUCUAUUGAGACUCUACUACGGAUGGAGGAAUCGUCGUGGAGAUGGGGCAAGAGAUGGAAAACAAUUUGCAUACUAG